AUGAAGACUUUGUCUCUUGCGCUGCUUGGGGCCGGAGCUGCUCUUCUCUCGCUGGCCCUGGCUGACCAGCGACCGCUUCAACUCAAGCACGAUAACGUCAAAAGACCAAAUAUCGUCUUUAUUCUAACAGAUGAUCAAGAUCUACAUCUUCAAUCUCUAGAUUAUCAACCCUUUUUGCAGAAGCAUCUAAUUGACCGUGGCACCUUCUUCCGCCGGCACUAUUGCACCAUUGCUAUAUGUUGUCCAUCACGUGUAUCUCUUUGGACAGGGAAGGCUGCACACAACACAAACGUUACGGAUGUGUCACCACCAUAUGGUGGAUAUCCAAAAUUCGUCAGUCAAGGAUUAAACGAAGAUUAUCUACCUGUCUGGCUGCAAGCUGCCGGAUAUAACACGUAUUAUACCGGGAAACUCUUUAAUUCCCAUAACCUCGAAAAUUAUGCCUCCCCUUAUCCGGCUGGCUUCACCGGGUCGGACUUUUUGCUAGAUCCACAUACGUAUGAGUAUCUAAAUAGUACCUGGCAACGAAACAGAGAGCAACCCAUCAGCCGUGAGGGCGAGUAUUCGACCGACAUAUUGGCCGAGAAAGCGUUUGGCUUUCUGGAUGAUGCUGUUUCUGAGGACAACCCUUUUGUCCUAACCAUUGCACCAAUUGCACCUCACAGUAAUGCUAAAAUCUCAGAGGGCAAUGUUUCAGAAGAAGGCGGCAAGCAUUCAUUCCAAAUGACUGCCCCAAUUCCGGCGGAACGACAUAGAAAUCUAUUCCAGGAUGCGCAUAUUCCAAGGACAGAAAACUUCAACCCAGAGAAGGCAAGCUCAGUCAGCUGGAUCCGAUCACUUCCACGUCAGGAUGAGGAAAAUGUUGCGUACAACGAUCACUUUUAUCGCUCUCGUCUGCGCGCCUUACAGGCAGUCGAUGAAAUUAUUGAUGGAUUGAUAUCGCGCCUCGAAGAGUAUGAUAUUCUGCAGGACACCUAUAUCAUUUACACGAGUGACAACGGAUACCAUAUUGGUCAACAUAGAUUGCAGCCCGGAAAAGAAUGCAGUUUCGAGGAAGACAUCAAUGUACCCCUUAUUAUUAGAGGUCCCGGCGUACCUGAAGGUGAAGUUGCAGAUGUGGUUACCUCACACACAGACCUUGCUCCCACAUUUCUUAAGCUUCUUGGCGUUGAGCCAAAGGAGGAUUUUGAUGGCGUUGCUAUCCCGAUAACAAGAGCAAGCAUUGAUCAAGCAAAAACUGGGAGGCACGAGCAUGUAAACGUGGAAUUUUGGGGCUACGGGAUAGAAGAGGGUGACUAUGUCCUGAAAAAGCCGGAUUUCGCGCUGCAUGCGAACAAUACAUACAAGGCUCUCCGUUUGAUUGGCCGAGGAUACAAUAUUCAUUACUCGGUAUGGUGCAACAAUGAGCAUGAACUUUACAAUCUUGAGGAUGAUCCAUACCAAAUGAAUAAUCUGCUCGACCCUUCUGAGGGCCACGCUUCAGAUAGCUCUUCGAGUUCCUUGCUAGGUUUCCCGCUGCUCAAAGUAGCUGCACGACUUGAUGCCCUUCUUCUAGUACUCAAGUCAUGCAAACGCGAUGAAUGCAUACAUCCGUGGAGGGUUCUGCACCCUGCAGGCAACGUGAACACUUUGUGGGAUGCAUUGGAUUCGGUAUUUGACCAAUUUUAUGUAGAGGAGCAAGCUAAAGUGGAAUUCUCACGAUGCGAACCGGGAUACAUACUCGAUGCUGAGGGUCCCAAGCAGGCGCUGAUGUACAGAGACGGAUUGCGCUGGAGCGAGUGGGUGUAGUCCCUAUAAAGUCCCUAUAAGACGCUUUGACUCACAAACUUAUUGGUGGACCUGGCACUGAUGGGAGUGAUUCUUCUCUAUUUUGUGUCCGCAGGUACAGCGUUCAGAGUAC